GAGGCGGCUCCGGGCGGGGGAGCAGGGGUGGAGGCGGGGCAGGCCAAUAAAGGGGCGCCGGGCGGGCAGCGCGCAGGAGAACGGACUCGCGGCGGAACUGGGACGGUCCGCGGGCACCGAGAGCCACGCGGCCUGGGCUGGAAUCUUGCGGGCGCAGGACUGCUGUUACAUCCCAUGUGAAAAACAAGGAAUAAAAUGAAGAUUUUUCACUGCAAGAUGCAGUACUGGGUGUUUCCAGCAUUUUUGGUGAUGACUUAUUUUUGCACCAUUGUCCAGGGUCAAGUCGCUCCACCCACAAGGUUAAGAUAUAAUGUAUUAUCUCAUGAUAGUAUCCAGAUUUCAUGGAAGGCUCCAAGAGGGAAAUUUGGUGGAUACAAACUUCUUGUGACUCCAGCUUCAGGUGGAAAAACCAAUCAACUGAAUCUCCAGAACACUGCAACUAAAGCAAUUAUUCAAGGUCUUAUGCCAGACCAGAAUUACACGGUUCAGAUUAUUGCAUACAAUAAAGACAAAGAAAGCAAGCCAGCCCAAGGUCAAUUCAGAAUUAAAGAUUUAGAAAAAAGAAAGGAGCCAAAACCCAGAGUGAAAGUUGUGGACAAAGGAAGCGAGAAUAAACCAUCCGUCCCCGAGGAAGAAGUGAAAUUUUUCUGUCAAACACCGGCUAUUGCGGAUAUUGUAAUCCUGGUUGAUGGCUCAUGGAGUAUUGGAAGAUUCAACUUCAGACUGGUUCGAUCUUUUUUGGAAAACCUGGUUACAGCAUUCGACGUGGGCUCCGAGAAAACACGAAUUGGUCUGGCUCAGUAUAGCGGUGACCCCAGAAUAGAAUGGCACUUGAAUGCCUUUAACACAAAAGAGGAGGUGAUCGAAGCUGUCCGAAACCUACCGUACAAGGGAGGAAAUACACUGACAGGUCUUGCUUUGAAUUACAUUUUUGAAAACAGUUUUAAACCGGAAGCAGGAGCAAGGACUGGAGUGUCCAAAAUUGGCAUUUUAAUCACAGACGGAAAGUCCCAAGAUGAUAUUAUUCCACCAUCCAGAAACCUGCGUGAAUCUGGUGUAGAGCUCUUUGCCAUAGGGGUGAAAAACGCGGAUGAGAAGGAGCUGCAGGAGAUCGCCUCCGAGCCGGACAGCACGCACGUGUACAACGUGGCCGAGUUUGACCUGAUGCACACGGUUGUGGAGAGCCUCACGAGGACCGUGUGCUCCAGGGUGGAGGAGCAGGACCGCGAGAUCAAGGCCUCAGCCCUUGCCACCAUUGGGCCACCUACAGAACUGAUGACUUCUGAAGUCACUGCCAGGAGCUUUAUGGUUAACUGGACUCACGCCCCCGGAAAAGUGGAAAAAUACAGAGUCGUGUAUUACCCUACCAGGGGCGGAAAACCAGAGGAGGUGGUGGUGGACGGACGCGUAUCUUCCACGGUGCUAAGAAACCUGAUGUCUCUAACUGAAUACCAGAUAGCAGUCUUUGCAAUAUAUGCUCACACAGCUAGCGAAGGCCUGCGGGGAACCGAAACCACACUUUCUUUACCUGUAGCUUCCGACCUUGAACUGUACGACGUGACUGAGGACAGUAUGAGGGUGCGAUGGAACCCCGUGCCCGGAGCGUCCGGGUACCUGAUCCUCUACGCUCCCCUCACGGAGGGCCUGGCCGGGGAUGAAAAAGAGAUGAAGAUUGGAGAGACCCACACGGACAUUGAGCUGGGCGGGUUGUUGCCCAACACGGAAUACACAGUCACAGUGUAUGCUAUGUUCGGAGAGGAAGCCAGUGACCCUGUUACAGGACAAGAAACAACAUUACCCUUAAGCCCCCCCAGAAACCUGAGAAUCUCCAACGUGGGCUCCAACAGUGCUCGAUUAGCCUGGGAUGCAACAUCAAGAAGGAUCAAUGGUUAUCGAAUUGUGUAUAACAACGCUGAUGGGACUGAAAUCAAUGAGGUUGAAGUCGAUCCUGUUACUACGUUCCCUCUGAAGGGCUUGACACCCGUCACCGAAUACACUGUUGCCAUUUUCUCCAUCUAUGAUGAGGGGCAGUCAGAACCUCUGACGGGAAUUUUUACCACAGAGGACGUUCCGGCCCAGCAGUACUUGGAAAUUGACGAGGUGACGACAGACAGUUUCAGAGUGAGCUGGCACCCGCUCUCGGCGGAUGAAGGGCAGCACAAGCUGAUGUGGAUCCCAGUCUACGGGGGCAGGACCGAAGAAGUUGUCCUACAGGAAGACCAAGACUCGUAUGUUAUUGACGGCCUGGAGCCUGGCACUGAGUAUGAAGUUUCCCUGCUGGCUCUAUUGGAUGAUGGAAGUGAGAGUGAGGUGGUGACGGCUGUCGGGACCACACUUGACAGUUUUUGGACAGAACCCCCUACGACUGAAGAAGCACCUACCAGGCCUGUGACAUCAGUUUUCCGCACCGGAAUCAGAAACCUGGUGGUAGAUGAUGAGACCACUUCUAGCCUGCGGGUAGCAUGGGACAUUUCAGACAGCAGCGUGCAGCAGUUCAGGGUGACCUACCUGACUGCUCAAGGGGACCCAGCGGAGGAAGUGCUGGGAACGAUUAUGGUGCCUGGAAGCCAGAACACUCUCCUUCUGAAGAAUCUGCUCUCUGAGACUGAGUACAAGGUCACGGUGACGCCCAUCUAUGAUGACGGAGAAGGGGUCAGUGUCUCUGCCCCUGGAAAAACCUUGCCUCCCUCUGGUCCCCAGAACUUGCGGGUCUCGGAAGAAUGGUAUAACAGAUUGCGCAUUACGUGGGACCCCCCGUCUGCCCCCGUGAAGGGCUAUAGGAUUGUCUACAAACCUGUCAGUGUUGCUGGCCCGACCCUGGAGACGUUCGUGGGAGCUAACAUUAACACCAUCCUCAUCACAAACCUGCUCAGCGGAAUGGACUACAACGUGAAGAUAUUCGCUUCCCAGGCCGCGGGCUUCAGCGACGCUCUGACCGGCGUGGUGAAAACACUGUUUCUGGGUGUGACCGACCUUCAGGCGGACGCGGUGCAGACGACCAGCCUGUGUGCCCAUUGGAAGGUGCAACGUCAUGCCACUGCCUACAGGGUGGUCCUGGAAUCCCGCCAGGAUACACAAAAGCAAGAAUCCACUUUGGGUGGUGGGACAAACAGGCAUUGCUUCUAUGGACUUCAGCCUGAUUCGGAAUAUAAGAUCAGUGUUUACACAAAGCUCCAGGAGAUGGAGGGACCCAGCGUGAGCGUAACGGGAAAAACACAAUCGCUUCCUACUCAACCACCGACGUUCCCUCCAACAAUCCCACCAGCAAAAGAAGUGUGUAAAGCUGCCAAAGCUGACCUGGUGUUUAUGGUGGAUGGAUCCUGGAGUAUUGGUGAUGAAAACUUCAAUAAGAUCAUCAACUUCCUGUAUAGCACUGUCGGAGCCCUGGGCAAGAUCGGCACAGAUGGAACUCAAGUUGCCAUGGUUCAGUUCACUGAUGACCCCAGGACAGAAUUUAAACUAAACUCUUACAAAACCAAAGAGACUCUUCUUGAUGCAAUUAAGCGUAUCUCAUACAAAGGGGGAAAUACAAAAACAGGAAAAGCAAUUAAGCAUGUCCGAGAUAGCUUGUUUACUGCAGAGUCAGGGACCAGAAGAGGCAUCCCGAAGGUCAUCGUGGUUAUAACUGAUGGAAGAUCACAAGAUGAUGUGAACAAAAUCUCCAGAGAGAUGCAAUCAGAUGGCUACAGCAUUUUUGCAGUCGGCGUGGCCGAUGCGGAUUACUCGGAGUUGGUUAGCAUUGGCAGUAAGCCCAGUGCCCGGCAUGUCUUCUUUGUGGAUGACUUCGACGCCUUUAAGAAAAUUGAAGAUGAGCUGAUUACUUUUGUCUGUGAAACCGCAUCAGCAACCUGCCCACUGGUGCAUAAGGAUGGCGUUGAUCUUGCAGGAUUUAAGAUGAUGGAAAUGUUUGGUUUGGUUGAAAAGGAGUUUUCAUCAGUGGAAGGGGUCUCUAUGGAGCCUGGUACCUUCAAUGUGUAUCCUUGUUAUCAACUUCAUAAAGAUGCCCUGGUUUCCCAGCCAACCAAAUACUUGCAUCCGGACGGAUUGCCCUCUGACUAUACAAUCAGUAUUCUAUUCCGGAUUCUUCCUGAUACUCCAGAGGAGCCCUUUGCUCUUUGGGAGAUUUUAAAUAAAAAUUCUGACCCAUUGGUUGGAGUCAUUUUAGAUAAUGGUGGGAAAACCCUAACGUAUUUCAACUAUGACUACAGUGGGGAUUUUCAGACUGUUACUUUUGAAGGACCUGAAAUUAGGAAAAUUUUCUAUGGAAGCUUUCACAAGCUACAUAUUGUUGUCAGCAAGACUUUGGCCAAAGUGGUUAUUGACUGCAAGCACGUGGGUGAGAAGGCAAUAAACGCGUCAUCUAAUAUCACGUUGGAUGGUGUCGAAGUCCUGGGGAGAAUGGUUCGAUCAAGAGGACCAAAUGGAAACUCUGCACCGUUCCAGUUACAGAUGUUUGAUAUUGUUUGUUCCACAUCAUGGGCCAAUAAAGACAAAUGCUGUGAGCUUCCUGCCCUGAGGGAUGAGGAGGCCUGCCCAGAACUCCCCCACGGCUGCUCCUGUUCGGAAAUCAACAAAGCGGCUCUGGGGCCAGCAGGCCCACCGGGGGGCCCAGGACUCCGAGGACCGAAGGGCCAGCGGGGUGACCCGGGCCUAAAGGGACCAGACGGCCCUCGGGGUGAAACGGGCCCUCCAGGACCUCAGGGCCCCCCGGGACCCCAGGGACCGAGCGGUCUUUCCAUUCAAGGGAUGCCUGGAAUGCCAGGUGAAAAAGGAGAGAAAGGAGAGACCGGGCUGCCGGGCCCUCAGGGUGUCCCAGGAAGCAUUGGCUCGCCAGGACGCGAUGGCUCCCCAGGCCAGAGGGGCUUUCCUGGAAAGGACGGGUCCUCUGGCCCCCCGGGUCCACCAGGGCCAAUUGGCAUUCCCGGAGCCCCUGGAGUCCCCGGGGUCACAGGAAGCAUGGGACCCCAAGGUGCCCUCGGACCGCCUGGUGUCCCUGGAGCAAAGGGAGAGAGGGGAGAGAGGGGCGACCUUCAGUCUCAAGCCAUGGUGAGAGCGGUGGCCCGUCAGGUGUGCGAGCAGCUCAUCCAGAGUCACAUGGCCAGGUACACAGCCAUCCUCAACCAGAUUCCCAGCCACUCGUCGUCUGUGCGGACCAUCCAGGGGCCUCCUGGAGAGCCUGGGAGGCCGGGCUCCCCGGGAACCCCUGGUGAGCAAGGACCCCCCGGGGCCCCAGGCUUCCCUGGAAAUGCCGGUGUGCCGGGCUCGCCGGGAGAGCGAGGUUUCACUGGUGUGAAGGGAGAGAAAGGAAACCCAGGCAUUGGAACUCAAGGUCCCAGAGGCCCCCCUGGGCCAGCAGGGCCUUCUGGGGAGAGUCGGCCAGGAAGCCCAGGGCCCCCUGGUUCUCCUGGACCAAGGGGUCCACCAGGUCACCUGGGGGUCCCUGGACCACAGGGUCCGUCUGGCCAGCCUGGAUACUGCGACCCUUCCUCGUGUUCUGCCUACGGCGUGGGAGCUCCCCAUCCUGACCAGCCAGAGUUCACCCCUGUCCAGGAUGAGCUGGAGGCCAUAGAGCUGUGGGGCUCUGGGAUCUGACAGUCUCGGCGGAGCUCGGAGGACCGACCGCGAAGGCGCGUAAGGCGACGGACCCGGGAGGGAGGUCACCGCGUGGUUGGUAUGCUUCCUUUGGGGGCUUGUUGCAUCAGCCUGUGUCUCCUAUUUGGACACUGUUAAUAUUGUUAUAUUAACAGAAAAGUGUAUCAAAAAGAAACUCCUUAAUCCAUACACCACAGGACUGAUUUUUGCUUGUUGUUUUAGUGGUGUCCUCAGAGAAAGAUUGGCCCUAAAGUUGAAUUCUGGAAUCCUUUCUGCAUCGGGUGACCGCGAGUCCUAAAAUGCAACAAGACAGAAAUGACUGUAUUUGAGGGAAAUGGGGCCCCAGAACAGGAAUUCAAAGGGAUUCAAAGAUGAUGUCAUUUAUCCUUAUCCCCUCUAGGAAUGACCUUGGUGAAAAGAAAAAAAGGGACAUGAUUGGAGAAACUACCUCUUGCUUAAUUAAUUGAUCUAACUCUGAGAUCACUUGGUCACUAGCUUCACUGGUAUCCAAGAAUAUGUGUUAGAAUAUGGCCUUUCUGAAUUUGGCAACUGUGAAACUAGAUUCAGUUCUUUCCAGUGGCUUUUGACGUAUAACCUAAUGCCUUCCCACUGACUCUGAUCCAAAGAGUUCCAAUUUUGAUGACCAGUCGAUCCAGCAGUAUGUUCCAGAGCUUGCCCUCCUCAACCACAUGGAUUACUUUGUACAUGCAGAUAUGUUUUUGCAAAUCUAUUUCCAACCUUUCUUUAAUAAGCAAAUAAAAUUUUAAAACAAUGUA